AUGGCCUCUCGGCUCCGGAUUACCUUGGAUGUAUUACAGAAUGCGCACAGGACGAUGGUGCUGGAGAAUCAGACGCCGUGGUGUCAUCCGUUGUUGUAUAAGAAUGGGAUGCCGAGGGUGAUGCAAGAUGCGUAUGCAUGUUGCUCGCUGUACAUGAAUAGGAAUCCCACGAAUUCCAAGACUAUCUUGUCAAUUAUCGAAAACCGUGUUGCUGAACUGCUGGCAUCGGAGCAGUCGAAUGAUGCCUGGGAUUGUCUUGCGCGUCUACACGCGCUCAUAUUGUAUCAGACAAUACGAAUCUUUGACGAUGACGCUUCGGCUCGUGUAGCUGCAGAGCUCACAAUGCCCGCUCUGAAGGCAACGCUAAGUCAUUUCGAAGAGAAUGUGUUCUUGGAAGAUACGCUAUUGUGUAUGAGCGGUCUACCUAUAAACUGUCUCAUCGAUGAUCCAGCCACUUCAGGCGCGAAAGAUUACUGGCACAACUGGAUUUUUGAGGAGUCUGCACGUCGCACAUUGUUCCUCUCAUAUCUGCUGAUAAGGAUAUGGGAGGUAUCCCAAUACGUGAAUAUGCCGCAGACCAUCACAACAUCGACUGCAAAAUCCCAGAGGGUUGGAGAAAAGAACAAAUUGACCUGCGACGGCCGCCUCGGUUUAUCGAACAGCUGGUGGUACUGGUACUUGUCAGCACACCUAUGGGAAGCGCCCACCCGGUAUGAUUUCGCGCUAGCCUAUGCAGAGAAGAAUCGGUUCGUGAUCAAGAAUCUAGAUUUUAGUGAGUUUUUGGCAUUGGGACAGCCUGAGGAUGUAGAUUUGUUGGGAAAGAUGGCGCUGUCGACGCUCAUGGGAAAUGAGAAGUUGCAGGACUGGUUUUUUGAGCGAGGGGCGAUGUUGAUGGUGCCUUAA